AUGGUCAAUUACCAUAAAUCUAGUAUUUGUUAUAGCAAGAACACAUGCAGUGGGGAUAGGGAGAUGGUGGCGCAGAUCCUAGGUGUUGCCCAAGCUCCGAAUUUUGGAAAAUAUCUGGGAUUACCGGCUUUUGUAGGGAGGAAUAAAAAGGCUGCUUUUGCAUAUAUUGAGGAUAAGAUCAGGCAAAGAAUCAGCUCGUGGAAUAAGAAACUCUUAACGCAGGCAGGUAAAGAGGUAUUAUUGAAAAGUGUAGCCCAGGCAAUGCCUACUUUCUCAAUGAGUGUUUUUCUAUUGCCUGUAUCGGUCUGUGCGGCUAUUGAACGAACAAUGAAUCGAUAUUGGUGGGGAUCAGGAACUGACAGGGGUAUUCAUUGGAAGGCAUGGGAUAAAUUGUGUGCACCCAAGAAAUAUGGAUGCCUAGGUUUCAAGGAUCUGAAGGCAUUUAAUUUGGCUAUGUUGGGGAAACAGGCUUGGCGUUUCCUAACAAAUACUGACUCAUUGGUGUGUGUACAAAGCUAG